CUUCUCCAUUUUGGUUUAUUAGUGGCUCAGAUAUUUGGUCAACAAAAUUUAGAGGAAAUAUUUUUUUGUGUGCGACUUGGAGGAAAUGAAAUUGGUUCACUGAUGGAGGAAAGAUCAGAUUUUGCAAGUCCCGUCUUGCAUUGAAUGUUAAGAGCCAUGACUGAUCUGUUUAUAGCGGAUAGAAUGUGCAUUAACAUGCAAGUCAUGACUUGCAAAUCAUGAUGAACAAGUCAUGAUUUGCAGUAUGUUGGGAUUUAUUAAGAAUUCAAAAAGGGCAAGUUGACUUGUGAUGGGGGCCGUCUUAGCAAUAUCUGGAUUUCUAAAUACUAACCUUCACCAGCUUGCAGUUGGGUGCAGCCAACCUGUACUGGAAAUAGAAGUUGGUGGGGGUAUGCAAAAUUGACUUCUAUUUGUUGCAUGGUUCUUAGAGAAUAAGUCGGCUGAGUUGGGAGCAUGAAAUCAAAUAAAAAAUGCCUUUCAUCAAACAUGAUCUUGCCAUUUGCCAUUUGCCAUUUGCCAUUUGCCAUAUAUGUAAAAAUAUAUGCUUGAACUCCAUGUCCAGUAUAAGAAGCAACAACCUUCAAGUUUUUUGUUUUGUGAGAUAACAUGGGAAAUUGGAAUUCUUGAAGACAUGAUAACGCUGUUUGUAAAACUUGGGGGAGAGGGGGGGACAUGUAACAGUACAUUGUGAGUGAGAAGAAUACGCAAAAUUGGUCUCGGAAAAUGGACCGAAGGCAGUUGGGAGUUGAAAGACAGAUGGCUGAUCUUAUGCGCAGGCAAAAGAUAGGUGAGAGAAGCUGGAAUGAAUCAACGAAAAUGUGGGAGAUAGCAGGGCCUGCCAUACUAACAUCAGUGGCUCAGUUCUCUAUUGGGUUUGUCACAGUUGCCUUUGUUGGUCAUUUGGGAGGGCUUGAACUUGCUGCAGUCUCUGUUGUUCAGAAUGUCAUUGAAGGCUUUGUUUAUGGAAUUAUGCUAGGAAUGGGAAGUGCUCUUGAGACACUAUGCGGUCAAGCCGUUGGUGCUAGACAAUUCAACAUGCUUGGAAUCUACAUGCAAAGAUCAUUCAUUAUCACUAUAAUCACAGCUUUGUUACUGACACCUGUUUAUGUCUUCACAUCACCUUUGCUAAAGCUGCUUCAUCAAAGUAAAAGUAUUUCAGAACUAUCAGGGAAGUAUGCUAUAUGGGUGAUCCCUCAAUUGUUUGCUUAUGCCCUCAACUUUCCGAUACAAAAAUUCCUCCAAGCUCAAAGCAAAAUCUGGGUAAUGACCAUAAUUUCCAUUGUAGCCUUGGCAUUUCAUGUUCUGUUGAGUUGGGUGCUCGUGACAAAGCUCAGGUAUGGCCUUCUUGGUGCUGCCAUAGCUGGGAACAUCUCUUGGUGGCUAGUAGUUCUGGCCCAGAUGGUCUAUGUGGUUUCUGGUUUUUUCCCUGAAUCUUGGACUGGCUUUUCUUCGUUGGCAUUUAAAUCUUGGGCUAGUUUCAUAAAGCUUUCGCUUGUCUCAGCUGUAAUGUUAUGCUUGGAGCUAUGGUAUUACACUCUGGUGAUCCUUAUGGUGGGCUGGUUAAAGAAUCCUGAAAUUGCAAUAGAUGCCAUCUCAAUCUGCAUGAACUUGCAACUCUGGACCCUGAUGAUUACACUGGGUUUCAAUGCUGCAGUCAGUGUUCGAGUUUCGAAUGAACUUGGAGCAGGACGUCCAACAGGUGCCAAAUUCUCAGUUGCCGUGUCUGUUGUCACAUCAACCUUUUUUGGGAUUCUGUUCACAGCAGCAAUUCUUGCAGCUAAGAGCUAUUUUCCCAAAAUGUUCACAGGAAAACAUGAGGUUAUAAGAGAGACAUCAAAGCUGGGUUAUUUUUUGGCUGCAACCAUUCUCCUCAACAGUAUCCAACCUGUUCUUCACGGGGUAGCUGUAGGUGCAGGCUGGCAGUUUUCAGUCGCAUUGAUAAACAUUGGGUGCUACUAUGUCUUCGGCCUUCCUUUUGGUGCCUUGCUUGGUUACAAAUUCAAGCUUGGCAUUGAAGGGAUUUGGUCGGGGAUGCUAGCUGGUUGUCUGCUUCAAACAGUUAUUUUAUUGCUGAAUGUUUUCCGAACUAAUUGGCAUAAAGAGGCAAGGCAAGCUGAAGAGCGUAUCCGAUCAUAUGGUUCCUCGCCGCUGCCCCAAAAUGAAAGAGUGGGAAUGGCGUUGAUCAGUGAAAAUUGAAGAUGAAAGAAAAUAGGGGGACUAAGCCUCCACAAUUCUUUUACUAUAGGAAUAAAUUGUUGCAACAGAGUUAUGUUUCAUUCUACGUUACCAUUCAGAAAAGCUGGCACUGCAAUUGUAGUUUGAGAAUACUGUGCCUACACCUAAAGUUGCUGAUGAAUAUGCAAAAAAUUGUUCUUUUCUA